CCGAUAGAUAACAACAAACUCCGCCUACGCCGGCAGACCGCCACGAAAACCAGAAAAAAACUAAAUAUCUUUGAUUUUAAAUCUGUUAAAACAUAUUUAAAACAUGAUCGAGACACUUUAUAAUCUGCCCUUCCACAUCCUGGUGCCGCCCAACAUCAAGGUCCGGAAAUUCAGCAUUCCAAUGCCCUCGCCAAUGGCUGUUUUUAGUGUAAUACUGUUUUCCUAUUUUCUGGUGACAGGCGGCAUUAUUUACGACGUGAUCGUGGAGCCGCCCAGUGUGGGAGCCACUGUGGAUGAGCAUGGACACUCCCGUCCCGUUGCCUUUAUGCCAUAUCGGGUGAAUGGGCAGUACAUCAUGGAGGGCCUGGCCAGCAGCUUCCUGUUCACCGUCGGCGGACUGGGAUUCAUCAUCAUGGACCAAACCCACUCCCCGGGAAAGACAAAUCUCAAUCGUCUGCUGCUCACCGCCAUGGGAUUCAUCUUCAUCCUGGUCUCCUUCUUCACCACAUGGCUCUUCAUGCGCAUGAAGCUGCCCAGCUACCUGCAGCCGUAAAAACUCUUCUGAAAACAGACAGAUCAACGCUCUCUUAGUAUUCUAUCUCAGUCCAAAAUCUCUAAAUAGGGGAUGCCCCCGAAAUCUCUUUCAACUCAAUUCCAAUCGAAUUUCCAUGUAAUUUAAUAUAGAAUUUAACGAAAGAGAUUAAAGGGACAUCACCGCAUAAGAAAUUCCAGUUUAAAUGGCUUUAAGCUUCUGAAAAUACACUAGAGGGCAUUUCUGUAACUGAUUUUAUUAUUGGCUGUGUGGAACAGGCAAUGAAAUGUAUUGUAAUCAGUUUCAGAAUACCCUUUCAUUUCUCUAUUUUUCAUAGAUGUCGAAUAAAUAAUAUAAUUAUACCACAAA